GUUUGCUUAGAGGAAUAAAAGGAGAGAGAUAAGGAUUAUACUACAAAUUACAUAUUGAGCAUAGAAGCACUAAAGUUAAUGCAACCACAUACUACAAGAAAACAGGAGAAUGUAAUCAUAGAAACAACAAACAAGUAUAGAGCGGGAUGAAAAAAAAAAAAAAAAACCAAUCUGUCAAAUUCUAUACCUAGAGGGGAAGGAUAGAAACUAUAAUUGAAACAACAUAUCAAGACCUUAAUGAAAAAAAGAAUAGUUAUUAAGGGUAUAUUAGUUAUCUUGUUAGUUAUCCUACACCUAAUUUUAUCCUUAUCUCAUUCAAUAAAAUUCUCUAUCCUUAUUUUUAUUUUUUUAUUUUUUUUUUAUCUCUAUCCUUCAAACCAAAUGUUUCAAUGUAAUACACUCUAAUAUAGAGAUGAUCAACAUCAGCCUGACCCAAAAAUAGGGCGGGUUUGGACAAAUCUAGAAACACAUUAUUAGUAUAAAACCCGAAUCUGACUCCAAAAGGCACCUUUGGCCCAACAAGCCCGUUUUUUUUUUUUUUUUUUUUUUUUGUGACUUUAGAGUUUAGACACAAAAUAAUGAAAUAUGAUAAUUUUUGGUCACCUCUACGGCUCUAGUCUAAUAGCUCAUCAUCUUUUGUCUAAGAUACACCUUGCAAUAUCUUGGAAACAAGAAAGCUCAACUCAACUCCCAUGCCUUAGUUCUUGCUCAGUGGCAGACAAAAUCUCUGCACUCAUCACUCUCUUUCACCUAAACCAUUUACCAAUUACCAAUUACCAAUUACCAGUUACCAGUUACCAGUUACCAGUAUCAGUGUAUCACCCAUUUCAAAUUUCCAACCUCCCCCCUUAAACCCCACUCUCUCUCCUCCAUCUCCAUCUCCAUCUUCUUCCUUCCUCCAAAUCUUCCCCAGAAAAAACUUCAAAAUGCAUGAAUCUCUCAGAAGAAGAUCUCCCAGACUUUUUCUCUCUCCUCCCAAAUCCCAUCAACUAGCUCUCACAUUGCAUGAUAAUUCUAGAUCAGACCCUGUUCUUGAAUCACUCGACAAUGACUCACAUUAUACUCCUCAACCUCUCAAAGUUCAUCACCCUAAAACUACUAAGCUUCUCUUGCUGAAAUCUCCGUCUUCUUCGCCUGUAAGACGGUCACCGAGGUUCAAUGGUGUUGUUCAAUCUGGGAAUUGUAAUGGUUCUGCUUCUACAUUGUCGUCAAAAUCCAAUGGAAAGACGAUGAGAAGUCCGGAAUCGAGGAAGUUAGCUUUGAGUUUGAGCUCUGAUUCAGCUGUUAAUGGUGGUAAGAGGAAGCGUGAGUUGGUUGAUCGAGAGUCUGUGAGACGGUCGCCGAGGUUUUCGGCUUCAAAAUCGGAGAUGAGCGUUAAAAUUGAUGUGAAAUUAGGGAAAAAGUCGCCAUUGAAGCUGAUUGAAUCUCCGAGAUUGUUGCUACUGCCGGGAAAUUUGGGGGAAAUUGAGGAAGAUAAAGUGUUGAGACGAUCACCUAGGGUUUCAGCUUCGAAUUCGGAGGAAGUCGUCGAAAUUGGAGGUAAAUCAGGGAAGAAAGCGGCAUUAAAGCUAGUGAAAUCAGUAUUAAGUGACAGAAAAUCGGAGGUGAAAUCUCCAAGCGUGGAAAAAUUGGGGAAAAUUAAGGACGAUCAGGUGAUGAGACGAUCACCUAGGUUUUUGGGUUCAGAAUCGGAGAUAAUCGUUGGAAUUGAAGUGAAAUUGGGGAAAAAGACGCCAUUGAAGCUGAUAAAAUCGGUGGAAUGUGAGGAAAAUGAAGGAGAGUUAGGGACGGAUUCUCCGAGCUUAGUAUCGCCGGAGAAUUUGGGGAAAAUGGAGGAAGAUAGGGUUUUGAGACGUUCGCCGAGAGGAUUGCCGUCCUCUUUGGCGGUAGAUGAUGAACGUGAUGAAUUUGAAUUUGGGUUUUCUUUAAAGAAGGCAAAGAAAAAGAAGAACAAAGCACCAAAAGUAGAGCCGAAGGCGAGUCAAGUUAAAGUUAAAGUGUGUGGAAGAAGGGAGGAUUGCUUCUUCGUCGGGGAGCCGGUUUCUGAGGAGGAGGCUCUUGAGAAAUGGGGCUGGCGUUACAAAUUGAAGAAUAGAAGAAUUAACAGCCGAAGUUUUACAGGAAACGAUACGGAAGAGGAUGAACCAAUGCUAGAAGUGAAAUGUCAUUAUACCCAAGCACAAAUAAAAGGGUGCAUAUUUCAACUAGGAGAUUGUGCUUUAAUAAGGGGUGAGGGAACACAAAAACAUAUUGGAAGGAUUGUGGAAUUAUUUCAAACAACAGAAGGAGAAGAAUAUUUCAGGGCCCAGUGGUUCUACAAACCUGAGGAUACGGUGAUGAAUGAAGCCGCUAAAUUCCAUGACAAGAAGCGCAUAUUUUAUUCAUGUAUUAUGAAUGACAAUGUGUUAGCUUGUAUAAUCUCUAAAUUGAAAGUGAUACAAGUGUCAUCUCAGUUAAACUUGAAUUCAAGUUCUGUUGAACCAUCGGACUUCUAUUAUGAUAUGGAAUACUGUUUGGAGUACUCAACUUUCCGCAACUUGCCUAGAGAAAAUUCUAUUGAGGGCUGUGUAUUACAGCCCCUUGGCUGCAAUGAAUCCGCCCUCUCCCUUACCAGCUCCCCUGUAGUGGAGAAUACGUCUAUUUGUGAAACAUACAGUGGUGAAUUAUCUAUGUUAGAUCUUUAUGCUGGUUGUGGGGCAAUGUCGACUGGGCUAUGCAUUGGCGCUGGACUUUCUGGUGUUAAUCUCGUAACGAGAUGGGCGAUUGAUGCUGACAGCCUAGCCUGCGAAAGCUUGAAAUUAAAUCAUUCUAAUGUACAAGUUAAGAAUGAAACAGCUGAUGACUUUCUGGAGUUGUUAAAGCACUGGGAGAGCCUGUGCAAAAAGUUUGUCAUUGAAGGGACACAAAAAUCAUUUCCUUCUACACAAGAGGUUUCAGAAUUAGCUGAAGUCCAUUUGGAUGCUCAACCAGACAGUGACAAUGCAGCUGAUGAAUUGGAGGUUUUAAGCUUGGUUGAUAUUAGUUAUGGCGAUGCUGAUGGAUCAGGAAAGCAGGGGCUGAAAUUUAAGGUGCGUUGGAAAGGUUUUGGUCCAAGUGAUGAUACAUGGGAACCAAUUGAGGGAUUGAGUAAUUGUCAGGAGUUAAUACAAGAAUUUGUCAUAAACGGGUUCAAAAAUAAAAUAUUGCCUCUCCCAGGUGAUGUAGAUGUCAUAUGUGGAGGGCCUCCAUGUCAAGGUAUUAGUGGGUAUAAUCGAUUCAGAAGUGUCGAUGCCCCAUUAACUGAUGAGAGAAAUCGUCAACUAGUUGUUUUUAUGGACAUAGUUGAAUAUCUUAAGCCUAAGUUUGUUCUUAUGGAAAAUGUGAUGGAUAUCUUAAGAUUUGACAAAGGUUCACUUGGACGAUACGCAUUAAGUCGUUUGGUGCAUAUGAAUUAUCAAGCUAGAGUUGGCAUUAUUGCUGCGGGUAGUUAUGGUCUUCCUCAAUUUCGCUUGCGUGUCUUCUUUUGGGGUGCUCUUCCUAGUGAGGAACUUCCGCAGUUUCCACUCCCUACGCAUGAUGUUGUUGUCAGAUAUUGGCCUCCAUUAGAAUUUGAGCGGAAUGUUGUAGCUUAUGAUGAGGGUGCCCAACCUCCUGAACUAGAAGAUGCUGUUUUCCUGGGUGAUGCCAUCUCAGAUCUUCCUACAGUUACAAACUAUGAAUCUUCAGAUGAAAUGCCAUAUAGUAGGCCUCCAGAGACCGAGUUUCAGAAGUAUAUAAGGUCAACAAAAUAUGAUAUGAUUUGUUCUGCAUCAAAAGCAGAAGAAGCUUUACUUUAUGAUCAUCGACCCCAUCAGUUAUUUGAGGAUGACUAUAUACGAGUAUGCCAUAUUCCACAAAGAAAGGGAGCAAAUUUUAGGGAUCUCCCUGGCGUAAUUGUGGAAGAUGACAAUGUGGUUCGGCGAGAUCCAAUGCUAGAAACUGUGAUGUUGCCUUCAGGAAGGCCAAUGGUUCCAGAGUAUGCAUUCACAUUUGAGCAAGGAAAAUCUAAAAGACCAUUUGCGAGACUUUGGUGGGAUGAGACAAUGCCAACUAUAGUCACUUACCCCAAUUGCCACAGCCAGGCAGUACUACAUCCCGAGCAAGAUAGAGUGCUUACAGUACGUGAGUGUGCAAGGCUGCAAGGUUUUCCUGAUAAUUAUCGCUUCUGUGGUACUGUCAAGAAAAGGUACCGGCAAGUGGGAAAUGCAGUAGCUAUUCCAGUUGCUAAGGCCUUAGGUUAUGCUUUAGGGAUGGCAUCCCAGAAGCUUACUGACAAAGAACCUCUUCUAACCCUCCCACCCAAAUUUGCCUAUUCAAGCCAUCUCUGACUGUCAUGUUGAUAAAAUCAGUGAAGCACUCAGAAUUUGGCAUGAGAUUUGUUGCAUCAUAUGUUUCCGCUAUUUGAUCCUAGUGUUCCUUUGUAACAAUGUAACAUAUUUGCCCGGGCAGCCUUUUCUUUGGCAGGUAAUGGUAACGUAUGCAGUGCCUUAAAGAUUAGUUAUAUCGUGUAAUUUAGCUCACUAGCUGCAUCCCUUUGUAACAUAUUGCCCGGACAGCUUUUUCUGUAACGGAGUAAUAAUAAUAAUAAUAAUAAUAAUAAUAAUAAUAAUGUAUGCAUUGCCCAUUAGGGUUGGUUCA